UAUCUCUCCUGUCUUCAUACACCUUUACACUCUUUUCUCCAUCAUUUCUUCUUCUUUACAACUCUGACUUCUCUCCAAUGGCGUAAAACUGCAAAACACUAAAACGUCCUCUUCUUCUCUCUCUCUCUCUUCAGACCAGUUCCAAAGUCUUAAAAGCUCAGUAACAACCCUCGUGAAUGGCGGCGCGAAAACUAGGGUCGUUGUUACGACAGCAUUUCUUCUCUCUCUUCUUUCUCUUCGUCGGCUGUUUCUUCUUCUCCAAAGGAUGUGACUUGAGACAGAAGAGGAGGAAGAAGAAGCUUAGAACGGUCACUUCCGGUUCCGGUUUAUCCUCUUCUUGGACGUACUUAAAACGGGUUUUCUUAUCCACGACGAGGAUAUCCAAAUCCCGCAACCAAACACACCCUAACGGCCCAUUAACGACUCUGACCUCCGCUAGAUCGUCUCAGAACUCCCUCGUCACUCUCGUACAACCCGACCCGGAAACCCGUACAGAAAACGGUUUCUCGGAUAUCUCCUCGUCGGAUUCUCCCCCGUUUCUCCCUCUCCGCAACGAGAUAUUCCCUUGCACGACGUGCGGAGAGAUAUUCCCCAAAACAACCCUCCUCGAGCACCACAUCGCGAUCAAACACGCCGUCUCGGAGCUCGUCGACGGCGAGUCGAGCACCAAUAUCGUGAAGAUCAUAUUCAAAUCAGGCUGGCCGGAGCAAGGCGACAACAAGAAAAUCCCGGAGAUCCAUCGGAUCCUGAAAAUCCACAACAGCCCGAAGAUUCUCGCGAGGUUCGAGGAGUAUCGCGAGUUCGUCAAGGCGAAAGCCGCUCGCGGCAGCGGGAACGGACGGUGGGACGACGAGCGGUGCGUCGUCGACGGGAACGAGCUCCUCAGAUUCUACUGCUCGACGUUCAUGUGUAGCCUAGGGCAGAACGGUAGCUCCGGUCUCUGCGGUCAUCAGUACUGCAGCAUCUGCGGGAUCAUCGGAUCCGGAUUCUCGCCGAAGCUCGACGGGAUCGCGACGUUCGCGACGGGGUGGAGAGGACACGUGGCGGUUCCUGAGGAGGUGGAGGAGGAGUUUGGGUUUAUGAACGUGAAACGGGCGAUGCUGGUUUGUCGGGUUGUAGCGGGUCGGGUCGGGUGUGAUUUGAUUGCGGAUGAUGACGUGGACAAGAGUGGUGGUGGGUAUGAUUCUCUGGUUGGGCAAGGGAGUGGGAGCAAGAGUGGGGCCCUGUUGAGGAUCGACGAUGAGGAGCUUCUGGUGUUUAAUCCAAGGGCUGUGCUUCCUUGUUUUGUGAUAGUCUAUACUGUGUAAGCGUAUGAUCGUGUGUAUGUUUAUAUUGUGUUACAAACUUGUGCGUGAGGUUUGGUUCAGAAGUAAUUGUGAAGUGUGAACGGUUUAGAUGAAAACAAUGUUUGUGGUGGAUUUCAAUAUGAUCCAAGCAUCUUUUGAGAGGUUAUGUGACAAAUGAAUCAUGGAUAUUUAAA